AUGAGAUACCCACCAGUUUGCCUCCUUAGACAAAGUAACAUUCUUCUCAUAAGAAGCUUCAUGCUCUUGUUCUUGAGCUGUGUUACCAUUAGAAUAAAACUUUGUUUUUCUAGCAUCCCUUAUACAUUGAAGGCACUUCCCCUUGAUGGGCAUUUCAACUUCGAUGAAGUUCACCUUGCAGCCAAAGAUUUUGGCAACAGGUACCAGUUCCUCCCAGUGGCAGUACUACAUCCAAAGUCGGUUUCUGAUAUUGCCACUACUAUAGAGCAUAUUUGGCAGAUGGGUCCUCAUUCAGAGCUCACUAUUGCAGCUAGAGGCCAUGGCCACUCACUCCAGGGUCAGUCACAAGCUCACAGGGGAGUUGUGAUUAAUAUGCAAUCACUCCGGGGCCCAUAUAUGCAGGUUUACCGCGGAAAUUCUCCUUAUGUGGAUGUCUCUGGUGGCGAGUUGUGGAUAGAUAUCCUGCAUCAAAGCCUGAAAUUUGGGUUAGCACCCAAAUCAUGGACAGACUACCUACAUCUAACUGUUGGCGGUACUCUGUCUAAUGCAGGGAUCAGUGGGCAGGCAUUUCGACACGGCCCUCAGAUCAGUAAUGUCCACCAGCUGGAGGUUGUAACAGGAAAAGGGGAGGUUGUAACUUGUUCAGAGAAGCAGAACAGUGAUCUCUUUCACGGUGUUCUUGGAGGACUUGGCCAGUUCGGCAUUAUAACCCGAGCAAGAAUAUUGCUGGAGCCAGCACCAGAUAAGGUAAAAUGGAUUAGAGUGCUGUACUCAGAUUUUUCCACAUUUGCAAUAGACCAGGAAAAACUAAUAUCGGCUGCAGAAAAUACGUUUGAUUACAUUGAAGGAUUUGUGAUUAUAAACAGGACUGGUCUGCUAAAUAACUGGAGAUCUUCCUUUAAUCCACAAGACCCAGUUCAAGCCAGCCAGUUCAAGUCAGAUGGAAGGACUCUCUUCUGCCUGGAAGUAGCCAAAUACUUCCACCUAGAUGAGAUUGAUGUGGUAAAUCAGGAAAUUGAAAACUACAUGUCUCAGUUAAGCUAUAUUACAUCAACACUUUUCCUAUCAGAAGUUACAUACGUAGAAUUCCUGGACAGAGUUCAUGUGUCUGAGGUCAUGUUACGGUCAAAAGGCUUGUGGGAAGUUCCACAUCCAUGGCUCAAUCUUUUUAUCCCUAAGAGCAAAAUACAAGAUUUUGCUGAUGAAGUCUUUGGCAACAUCCUCAAAGAAACAAGCAACGGCCCUAUCCUCAUCUACCCAGUAAACAAAUCAAAGUGGAAUAAUAGAACUUCUGCUGUCAUUCCAGAGGAAGAUAUUUUCUACCUAGUCGCAUUCCUUACCUCUGCAGUUCCCUCUUCGACAGGAACAGAUGGAUUAGAACAUAUUUUAACUCAAAACAAAAAAAUUCUAGAAUUCUGUGAAACAGCCCAUCUAGGGGUCAAGCAAUAUCUGCCCCAUUACACUACACAGGAAGAGUGGCGUGCCCACUUUGGCCCAAGGUGGGAAGUUUUUGUAAAGAGAAAAUCAGCUUAUGACCCAUUGGCAGUACUUGCUCCUGGCCAAAGAAUAUUUCAGAAGGCAAUAACCUCCUCAUGACAGUGGCCUUACAAUAUUUAAUUUUUUUUUUCUCCUCAAGGGAUGUUGGGAAUUUGCCUCAGCCACACAAGCAGAGAAGUUAUAUAUACUAUAUAUUAUACUUUUUGUGCCUUCUCUUAUAUUAUAAGUGUAACAUGGACUCUCCAGGGGCUGGUUAAAAUUCCUUCAACAAUCAGCUUUUUUGAGUGUAAUAUUAGUUGCCAUUGUAAAUAUUGAGUUUUAUAAAACCCUAAUUAUUUCCUCCAACAAAGUCAAU